GUGUGAGCAAAAUAAAAAUUCAACGACGAUUUACAAUAACAAAAGUCAAAACAGAAACUUAAAAAUCCGAGAAAAUUCUAAAAUUUGAUGUUUACAGUUAUUUGGAAAAUAUUAGAAUUGGCCGCUAAAAUAGGAUGAGUUGGUCGAAAUUUCCUUGCUCGACAUCAGAGGUGAUGCUGGAUUUUGUGCUGGCAUGUGGUCAAAGUUUUCGAUGGACGAAGAAUGCAUCGGGCGAAUGGAUAGGAGUCAUCGGAAGGUGUGCGUGGAAGAUGAAACAGACCGAAGAAUGUGUGGAGUACCAAGUCUUCACGCAGGCUCCUCAAUCCGCAAUCCAGAUUGCCAAAAGAUCUCGUGGAUUUGCCACCGGACAAGAUGUAGCCGAUAUCAGUGGUGAGUCUGGCGACCACGCUGUUCUUAAGCAGUACUUCGCCAUCGACACAUUUCUCCAGCCGCUUUACGCUCAGUGGUCGGCAGCCGAUGAACGAUUCGCCCAUGUUGCGCCGCGGUAUGGCGGCAUACGAAUUCUGCAGCAGGAUUUCAUCGAAAACGUCUUCAGUUUCAUUUGCUCAAGCAACAAUAACAUAGCCAGAAUCCAACAAAUGGUGGAAAAGCUGUGCGCGAGAUAUGGAGAUUUGAUCUGUGAAGUUGAUGGGAAGAAGAUGUACGCAUUUCCGGCUGUCGAACGACUGGCGCAGGAAGGCGUUGAGGAGGAACUGCGGAAAAUGGGGUUCGGUUACCGGGCAGCGUUUGUUCACGGUGCUGCUAAACACAUCGCUGGGGAUUCCGGAUGGAUCUCGAGAACGAAAUGUGCUGAUUAUCCAACAGCCAAAGAACUGCUGAUGGAGCUUCCCGGUGUGGGAGCGAAGGUGGCUGAUUGUAUUUGUUUGAUGUCACUGGGGCAUCACCAAGCCGUUCCCGUGGACACUCACGUGUUUUCGGUCACCGCACAACACUACUUACCCCAUCUGCGACAGGUGAAAUCGGUGACGAAACGCGUGUAUAAUGAGAUUGGGGAGUUUUAUCGUAAUCGCUUCGGUGGUAUGGCUGGCUGGGCGCAUUCGGUUCUCUUCACCGCUGACCUUAGGCAAUUCAAGGAAGCAGCCAGUGAUAACGGGAAAGUAGGUAAUAAUAAUAUAAACAAAAGGAAGCGACGCCUAGUGGAAUGUGAUUAGGCUCGUCCAUUCUGCGGGUUCGACACUGGCUGUGUUGUAGACCGACACUUGCUGGAUUAUGUUUAUGUAUCUUAUCGGACAACAAGAAAAUACGCGCAUUCACAAACUGAUAAUGCUGUCGUUGAAUUACUAUUGAGAAAUUGCUGGUUAAUUGUUGGUGUGCCAAUAAGAACGAGGACUUUGAGAGCUUUCGUUAUAGUUUUGCACUGUCCUUUGUUACGUCGUCUAGGCGCAUUUCUUUGAAAUCAGCAACAAAUUUUUAUGUAAUAUUGUACGGAAUUUUCGAAUUAUGUGAUGUUGCAAAGCGUGUUGAAAGGGACUGAUAAGUGCGUCCCUUGUUCCUGAUACACCGUAUUAUGAAAUGUAUU